AUGCCUAUGGAUUCAGAAUGCGAAUGUGACCUGGUGUCUAAGGAAUGGCUGUUGGCAAAAUUACGGUCUGAUGAGAGGGAUACGAUUUUAAUAGACUGCCGCGGAUCAAAUGAGUACGCUAUAUCUCACAUACGAUCUGCUGUUAAUUUCUCCAUACCGAGCAUUAUGCUACGGCGCCUGGCGGCAGGGAAAAUUGAGCUUGCAUCGACUGUCCAAUGCAAGGAGCUGAAGGCAAGGAUCACACAUUGUUGCUCCCGGGGUACCUUUGUCUUGUACAGUGAUGGUGCGCCACGGGAUCCUGAUUCUGUUCACGGAAUCCUGCUCAGAAGACUUAAACAAGAUGGCGUGCAGGUCGUCUGUCUUGAAGCAAGCAUUAGUACGGACGCGAAUGAUGUCGAGAUUUUGACGGUGCACAGAGCCCUAGAGCCGCCUAUGGCCGCUCGUAAAACACGACUCUACGUGCAAACAGGA